AUGGACUUUCCAAGCCACUUUGAGCAGAUCUUUCAGCAGCUCAACUAUCAACGGCUACAUGGGCAGCUGUGUGAUUGUGUCAUCGUGGUGGGCAGCCGACACUUCAAGGCCCAUCGCUCUGUGUUGGCUGCUUGCAGCACCCACUUCAGAGCAUUGUUCACAGUCGCUGACGGAGAUGCAAGUAUGAAUAUGAUCCAGCUGGACAGCGAGGUAGUGACAGCAGAGGCGUUUGCCGCCCUGGUGGACAUGAUGUAUACGUCCACCCUAAUGCUUGGAGAGAGCAACGUUAUGGACAUCUUGCUUGCCGCCUCACAUUUGCACCUCAACAAUGUGGUCAAAGCCUGCAAACACUACCUGACGACACGAACCCUACCCUUGUCCCCAUCUUGUGACAGACCCCCACCUCACCACCAACAGGAGCAGCAGAGGCACAGGCAGCAGGUGGCAGAUUUGGUGAACCCCGCCUUAGCCACCAAUGCUAACCUGGCUGCAAAUGCCGCCACCUCAAAGUUGCAGCGUUCAUUUUUGUUGCAGCAACUUGGCCUCAGCUUGGUGAAUUCUGCUUUAGGUGGAAUGGAGGACGAGGGGGUGGGCGGCAGAGUGAUGGAACAAAGAGCUUCUUUCCCUAUGCGCCGCUUUCAUAAGCGCAAAGCCUCUCCAGGCUUAUCAGAGGGGCCCAGACAGAGACCGCGACCCUCCGCCCAGAACUUGGGGUUGCUUUCGGAAGAGGGGGUGAACCCAGACCGUGAGGACAGAGCACUUCUCUCGCCAGACUCCCACAAAAUGGGGGACGACUCCAAACUGGAUGCGGGCAUGCUCUGCGCCCCUCAGGAUGACCCUCAGAUGCCGAGCCAGUCAGACAGUGUGCGGUGUGAGGGGGACAACAGGGGGAUAAUGCUGGGAGGGGUGGGCAAGGAGGAGGACAUGGAGGAUGGAGACCACCAGGCCAGUGGAGUAAAGAUCAAAUCAGGAAGUGAGGGAGAGGAAGAGGCAGAAGAAAAAGAACAGAAGGUGCUGGUUAAACAAGAGCCACUAAGCUCACCCGAACCCGCAGAUGAAAUCAGUGACGUGACAUCACAGGCCGAAGGCAGUGACCCGGCUGAGCCGGUCAGCCAAGAGGAUGAAGAGAAGGUGGAGCUUAGUCCCGAAAGCAGCGACCGUAGCUUCACCUCCAAACCGCAGCCCAGCUCCAACUCGCUGCUGCAGUCCGGCUCCCAGCUUCUCCUCAAGAGCAGCAUGGGAGACAGCGGGGGAGGUUUUGGGUGUAGUAACGGGUUGAACAGCAAACCUGAAUUCAGUAUUUCCAGCUUCCUUGGCCCAAAGAAUUUUAGGAAUGGUAGUGGUGGUUUGAUAGGUGGAGAGGAUGACCUGCCCAACACCACCACCGUUGAUGCUGUAGCUCAUAACUUCCUGUUGAGGCAGGAGGCUUCUGGAUCAUCUGGUUCCACCUCGUCCUCUUUGCUACAGUCCAAUCAACUUAGCACUGAAAGUUGUACUGGUUUUGGAAACAACUUACAGGCUGAUUCUCUGUUUCUUCACCCCCUUCAUGACAGUUAUGGAAACCCUAGAGGGACUGGUGGGAAUGAAGAAAGUGGAGGAGUUGAUCCAUUUGCUUUGGACUUCCAACGUUCCAGUCUGGGGCUACACUCCCUGGGGCAUCCCCCACGUGGAGCCAGCGGAGCCGCACCCACCGUUAUGAGUUAUCCUGGUUACAGACGCAUUGCCCCAAAGAUGACCAAUAACAUGGGGCGGGAGGAGGGCGGCACUCUCCAGGAUCCUGCCUCUUCCUCGUCAAGCCUGGCAAGCCCCAUGCUGCUGAGCGAGAGUUCAGGGUAUGACAUGAGUAGUGGCAGGCCCACCUCCCUCCCGCCCCAGCUAACCCGUGCCUCUGCAGACGUACUAUCAAAGUGUAAGAAGGCUUUGUCGGAGCACAACGUUUUGGUGGUGGAAGGCGCUCGCAAAUACGCCUGUAAGAUCUGCUGUAAAACUUUCCUGACGCUGACCGACUGCAAGAAACAUAUUCGAGUGCACACGGGAGAGAAACCCUACGCCUGCCUUAAGUGCGGCAAGCGUUUCAGCCAAUCUUCGCACCUCUAUAAACAUUCAAAGACUACUUGUCUUCGCUGGCAGAACAGCAGCAUGUCCAAUGCCCUUCUCUAG